CUGUUUCAGGAUCAGCGGGAGCGAGAGUACUCGUCCGAGUAUCGUACUGAAUUGUACGAAGAGGACGAGGACGAGGUGGAAGAGGAAUAUAUUGAAGAGGAGACACGCACCUAUAACGAGCGUAUUGUCACAAAACGUCGCGAUUACGGUCCAGUAGACGACUACCAUAAACGUCGCGACUAUCACGGAAGAAAAGACGAUUACAGUUCAAAGCGUGAGUUCGAACAUCGUCGGGAGGAGUCGCGUCGCGACGGAAUGGCAGUUGAUUACUCUUCGCAGGAUUUUCGUCAGUCGCUAGCCGCGAUUGAUGCUGCGUCACGAGAUGGUGUCACUUCACGAGAAGGUAGAUUGACUUCA